AUGUCAUACCAACUCCCGCCCAAUACAAUCUCCAUCAAGCGGAAGCGCACCGAUGCGCCUGUCGACUCUCUUAGGAUCGAACACGCCGAAAAGGACAUCAAGCGACAAAGAAGCAGCGACUUUGCAUACAAGCGUCUCACCAAGCCGGGCGACGAUGUCCAACAGGAAUCAACACCACCCACGCCGACUCUCGCCCGCCGUUUUCGCCUCGAUCCCGUAUCCAGGAUUGGUGCAAAACGGCAUUUCGUAGAGGAACAAGAGGUCACCAAGGAAAACAUCUCAACAGGCGGGCAAGUGCAAGCGCCAAUACCAGAACCUACACCAGACUCUACACCGCGACCACGAAAGCGGCCAGGCGCCGGCAGCGCACUACACCACUCAGCCAAACCCUCGAUACACCGGAAACCACCCGUCACCGAGCCCUCAGAAAACGAUGUGCGCAACCUGGAAGCCCUGUCAAAAGAGGUGGAGAAGGUAGACAAUCUCGAAAUACCCCUCCCCUCGCCUUCGAAACACAAGCCCAGAGUGCCAGCGAAACGCUUUGCAGAACGGCACCCGGACAAGGCUGCAGCCCUCGCAGCCCAAGAUGGCACAAUGGCAGAUGGCGACGCCAUGGAUAUUGACAGCGAAUACGUAUACGAUCACUACGUCCGGGAACCCGUUCUACCAGACGCCCCCGCUCCAACAGGCACGGUCGGUCUUCUAGUUAUCAGCGAAGAGGACGCAGACUGGUGGGACAAUGACGAGAACAGCGACCGAGAGUUCGACACGGAUGACGAAGACGAAAAUGCAGAGGAUUACUACGCCAACGACUAUCCAGAGGACGAGAUGAGUGACGACGACGAGUUUGAUCGGAAUUUGUACCAGUCCAAAUACCGCCAUGGAAGUGACGAUGAAGAAUACAAUAUUGGAGACGACGACGAUAAUGCAUUGGGAAGCGGCGAGGAUGAGGAUGAUCUGCAUUUCAAGAUGACGGUACCCAAAGCACAGAGAGUGGGAUAUUGGGGUAUGCAAGGGGAGUCAUAA